AUGGAGGAUCAACACUUGGAGUCCCUAGAAAAGAUAAGAAAAGUAUGGAAAGCCAUCAUAGACAAGUACUCGAACCUUCCAGAAGGCGAGCAGGGUGAUGUUUUGGACCUGCGGUCCGGGGAAAUUAUUGAGGACUCGGGCCAUUUGCGUUCUAUGAAGGAUUCCACGCGUCAACGCGAUAAUGUGUGGAAAAGUCUAUUUUUUGCAGAAGUCAAGGAGCAUCAAAUUAAGACCAAGGGGGGGUCAAAGGGGGCUCUGAUAGCACCCAAUAGGAUUGAUCACGGAGUGGGUGGAUUGUACAAUGGGAUUAAUUCAAAAAAACUGGCAAACAUUGCAGCAAGUGGGCGGAAAGAAGCUAAAAAAGACGGAAAUUCGUACAGUGAGGCUGGAAAGUCCACGAAAGGGCAAUAUAAGGCAGCUGGAAGAACACGAAUGGGCACGGAAAUCUCGUUUCUAGAGUCAGGGGUCGAUAACAGGUGUGCGAGGCACAAAGACGGGACGAUUGAGUCGAUUCCUAUACUUACAGAUUCGGAGGAAGAAGCAAGAGAAGAGCAAUACUACGAUGAAUUGCUUCUGGAAGACCCCAACUACUUCCACUCGACGCGCCGGCUGCAGAUAACGACCCGCUCGACCGUCUCCGAGACUGAUAACCUCACAGUUUUGCCCGGAAAAGGCGCAAGCUCAAAAACUUACUACAUGACAUCUAGAGCAAGAAUCAAGGAGGGAACUCCGGCCAAGGCUGUGCCGAGACCGGGUGCUGGCGAUCCCAGCAUGGAAGAAGACCCUCUUGUGUUCCAGAAGCCCAGAUAUGUGCCUGCAGAAUGUCCUGGAAUGCAUUCUUCAAGUCCACUUUGCAGUGUAAAUCCUAAUGCAAUUAACGUUUGCAUUCUAACAGCGUCGCGAGUGCGGCGGAUGCGCGCGGCUAUACGGAGGAGCAACAUGAAAUCCGGGAAUUUCAGGCUGAAAAGACUUGUGUGGAACUAUUUUGUGCAUUGCAAGAGACGAAAACGGCACCUGGCUGGCAAAAAUGCUCUGAAUUCAUGA